AGGGCAGAGUGGUGAGCAGCUGUCGCUGCAGGAAUGGCUGCUUUUUCAUUAAUCUCCUCUCUCUUCCACGCUUCUUCUCCUGCAACUAUUACCUUCAAUUCUCCAACUAAAAAAACUGAUCUCACCGUCCCCAGACCCACUAAGAUCUUCAUCCUUCAUAAUCACCGUUUGGUCUCACCUGUUGUCUCUAUAUUCCUCAACCACAGUCGUAGGAGCAGCAACUCCAAGCCCUCCUCCUUCCACAAACUAUCGAUUACCAGAAGUAAUCUUUUUCCUUUCUCGUUUGCCCUAGAUUCUUUCCUUGUCCUCUGCACCUCUCUUGCUCUCUCCUCCGCUCUCUUUAUUGCCGAUGUUGAUGCGGCAUCUGCCUUUGUCAUCACCACUCCUCGGAAGUUGCAGACCGAUGAACUUACCACUGUUAAGCUCUUCCAGGAGAACACUCCCUCCGUUGUAUACAUCACUAACCUCGCUGUCAGGCAGGAUGUCUUUACUUUGGAUGUAUUGGAGGUGCCACAAGGCUCUGGUUCUGGCUUUGUCUGGGAUAAAAACGGCCAUAUUGUUACUAACUAUCAUGUGAUUCGUGGUGCGUCUGAUCUCAGGGUUACUCUUGCUGACCAAACAACUUAUGAGGCAAAAGUUAUUGGGUUUGACCAAGACAAGGACGUCGCUGUCUUGCGUGUUGAUGCACCAAAAGAUAAACUAAGGCCCAUACCUGUUGGUGUCUCCGCAGACUUGCUUGUUGGCCAGAAAGUUUAUGCUAUUGGAAAUCCUUUUGGGCUUGAUCAUACACUUACAACUGGUGUUAUCAGUGGCCUUCGUAGGGAAAUAAGUUCUGCUGCUACAGGGCGCCCUAUCCAGGAUGUUAUACAGACUGAUGCAGCCAUAAACCCUGGUAACAGUGGAGGGCCACUUCUUGAUAGUUCUGGCAGCUUAAUUGGGAUAAAUACUGCCAUAUAUUCUCCAUCGGGUGCAUCUUCUGGUGUUGGAUUUUCAAUUCCUGUUGACACUGUCAGUGGCAUUGUUGACCAGCUGGUGAAGUUUGGGAAGGUUACUAGACCUAUUUUAGGAAUCAAGUUUGCACCUGAUCAGUCUGUGGAACAACUUGGGGUUAGUGGGGUGCUUGUUUUAGAUGCACCAGCAAAUGGUCCAGCUGGGAAAGCGGGUCUACUACCAACCAAAAGAGAUGCCUACGGCAGACUUAUCUUGGGUGACAUAAUAACGUCUGUGAAUGGGAAAAAGGUGACGAAUGGGAGUGACUUGUACAGAAUCCUCGACCAAUGUAAAGUGGGUGAUGAGGUGAUCGUGGAGGUGUUGCGUGAUGAUCACAAAGAGAAGAUACCUGUAAUGCUUGAACCAAAGCCUGAUUUGUCAUAAUAUUCAGCGUGGGAAUUUCAUCAUAGUAUCGGGGGAUGUGUUAACCCCAUGCUUUAUGUAUAGGUAUACAAAUUGAGGUGAUGAUAGCUUGAUCAUUGGUACUCUUGGCACCCCCAUGGAGUACACUGGUUGGAUUCUCUCACUCAUUCAUGUUCAUAUGUGCUUAUUACUCAU